AUGACGGUGAUAUUCGUUUGGCUCGGCAGUGCGGCCGACUACGGAUCGUUUGGUCGUUGGCUUCUGCUGGCACUGACAGUAGUGUGCUGGGCUCUUCAGUAUGGCAUGAUGGCGAUCAGGCACCCGAGUCAAUGGCCUGCCGCUAUGGCGAUGUAUGUAGUGGCAUACAUCGCCUACGGAGCUACUUUGGUUUUCUAUGCAGCUGUGUUUCCCAGGCUUGCUCGAUACAUGCCGCACGUCCGCAAAGCUCGUGAAGAGGAUCUGAAGGAGGGCAAAAUCAGUCGGCAAGAGUAUGAUGCAAUUGAAUCCUUGGAGAGAAACCAUAUCAGCAAUAUAUCGACUGCCCACAGCAAUAUUGGAUAUUUGUUCACUCUCGCACUGAACUUGAGUGUUUUGCUUCCCCUACAGAACAAUACGUAUUCGAACAAUCUCGCCCUCUGCUUGACAAACUCAUACUGGGUGGUUUUAGGAGUAUGGUGGUUCAUCUUCCAGCAGAAACGGCCAGGCCCUAAGGUUCCAAAGGGCUCGAACUAUGCAACGAUUGGCUUCAAGCAAAUCUGGCUUGCGCUCAGAGAGGUCCGGUCUUUGCCACAGACAUUCCUCUAUUUCAUCGCUUACUUUCUGCUUGCCGAUGGGCUAAAUACGACCGGAACCUUGGUUUCCAUCAUCCAAAACGACUACGUAUCCUUCUCAUUUCUGCAGUUAACUUAUCUGGGCAUCACACAGGCUGUAUGCUCAAUCACCUCGACUUUCGGAUUCUGGUAUAUCCAAAAGUACUUCAAAUUUCGAACCAAGACCAUGUUCCUAGUCACAAACCUCUUCAGCGCCCUGAUCCCACUCUGGGGAAUGGUCGGACUCUGGACGCAGCGAGUCGGGUACCAUAACCGAUGGGAAUUCUACUUCUACAAUGUCGUUUUCGGCCUGUUUCAAGCCCCCUACUACGCUUACGCGCAAACAAUGAUAAGCGAGCUCAUGCCCCAGGGCUACGAUAACAUGUUCUUCGCGCUCUUCGGCAUCACAAAUCGAGCUUCCUCCAUCAUCGGUCCCAAUGUGAUUCAGGCCAUUAUCAACGAUACGCAGAAUAACUGGAUGGGGUUCCCGUUCUUGUUUGCCAUUUGUGCUGCGGCAAUGAUUACGAUUGCCUUUGUGGAUGUGGAGAAAGGGCGCGCUGAUGCGAGGCGGUUCGCGGAGGCGCGGAAGAUUGCGCGGGUGUCUGCCGAAACGGGCCUGAGCAGAGAUAAAGUCUUGAAGGGCUCGGGUGGUAUCGCGACGGGUGUAGAGGGAGGUGGUCCAUCGCGGGAGUGA